GAACACAACCGACAACGACGCGCCAAUACGCGUUUCCAUAGCCGACUUUUCGCGCCGACAGCUCGCGCGGAAUUUCCCGAAUUUCCACUGCAGUUUCCCCACGGAAAGCUCCAAGAGUUCGGUGUCAAAAAAAAACUUUUAAACUGUAUUUUUGCCUCGAAGAACUGUUUAAUUGAUUUAACUAGGACAUAAACUGUUUCAUUUGGUAACAUUUUUGUGUUUUAUUUUGACUAGUGAGUUUUUUGUUUGAGGAUGUUUGUUAUUUGUGUUGGACAAGGAUUGUUGCAGUGAAUUUUUGGAUUGAUUUCGAAUUGCCGAAAUCCAAUGGAUAACUUUUGUUUUGGAUAGUUUUGUCGGAUCAUGACCUGCCAAGAUGCCCAUCCUACUUCUAAGGCAACCGUCCAACACUUCCUUGGCGGCCAUCGUGGAGAAAUCCCAACGUCAGCCGAGCCAUACCCACUUAGGCUACGACCUCCAACUUAAAAACAACCAGCUCGACCUUGUUCUACUCUCCAGGCCUCCAGAACACGUACCAAACCCAUCGAAAGUACCUCUAGAACUACCUAAACCUUUAACUCCUUUAAAACUGUCACCUGACGAAGGAUUUGAGAGCGAUAUCGAUACUAUCUCUAUAGUAAGCAGUGAAAAUGAGUCGUUUGCUGUUGACAAAGUUGGACAGAAACCUGUUCUGGCUGAAACGGAUAGUGCCAAUGGAGGGUCGGGUACAGAAAGUGAAACGGAAGCGGAGAAAACUAGUACAUUGACUCCGAAAAAUGCCAACACAAUUAAAGAGGGCCUGGACAAGCAACUGUUUUUACACCAAGCUAAGGAAACUUUUGAUCUAGUCGACUGCGUUUGUUAUUCCGAUGUGACGUACCCUGACGUUUUGAUAUUCGUCAUAAAAAGCGAGGCUCUAGUGUUCAGGUUUGAAAGCCUUCAAAAAUUACAAACAUUCUACACGAAUUUUACAACUUUGAAAGCCGUGACCAAUCAGAAAGCUUACAAUUUGAGUAAGAAUGUUGCAACGAAAUAUAACUUACUGCACAGAACAGAUCACAAUGGUGUUACACACAUUGAAAUCAAGAAACAGAACGCUAAUAACAAACCUCAGAAUUCUUCGAACAGCGGUCAUUCUAAUAUAAUAUCUAUUGAUACACCUGAUGGGACGAUAUCAAAUAGGAAACUGUUUGAAGUUGAAGAUUCCAAAUCAAACAAGCUGAAAGACGUAAAUUUGCGUCAAAGGGCCGAGAGUAAGCUGAUCACCGAUAUGAGGUUGUUGAACGAUGCCAAGUUCAACACGAUCAACAAUAAGGUGGGAGGUAAGAAGAUGAUGGUGAGGAGCAGUUCCAUAGAGAAUAUUUUAAAUGUAGAUAAUAAGGAAAGCAAUCUAGUCAAAGAUGAUGGUGUAGUUGGUACAUUGAGGAAGGUGUGGAAUUCCGCAGAGGAUUUGUUAGAUUCCGAUAAUCCUCGAAGACCUGAACGCCGGAGAAAAAAGAAACCUGCACCCCCACCACCCAUCGCAAAACCUGAAAAAGUCGAGGAUGUCUUCAGCGGACAAUUCGUCCGAGUCAACGUCCAUCUAGACAAAGACUUGGUCGCAAAAACCGACUGUUCUAAAAACAAUUUCACUUCAUUCCUCAAAUCGAAAAUCGAACCGAAAGCCACUGGUCAGGUUCUGAGGUACCACCAGGACAAUGCAACAUUGAAUAGACCAACACGAACGCCACUGUACGAGAAAAAUAAAUUUUGGACCAAUUCAGUACCGAGAAUCUUAAAGAAAACAUCUCGAAGUAAGAGCGAGACUAGAAACUCACCUCAGAACUUUCAACCUAUGGCCUACAGGUAUAUUGAUACUACCAUGGACUACCCUUACAACACCUCCAUGCAAGACAACGCCAUGUUCCUUACCGCUACAGGUCUCAAGCCUAAACCUCACAGCACGGAAACUUUACAACGUAAACCUUACAACGUUGAGACACAACCACGUAUUUCUUACGCGUAUAACGUUACCAGCUUGCCCAAACACCAAGAGAACAACAUGGGCAAUAGAAUUUUUGGUCUGACGCCUAAACUGAAGGAUUUCAGUAAGGGUGACAGUGCUGCCAGGUUGGGCAACAAAUGGGGAAGUGCUAGCGACUUAACGUUUCUCAGUAACGAUAAAAAUAACCUGAAGAGUAGCAUAAAGAGUGGGGAAGGCGGUUCGAAGAAAAAGAACGAGAAAAAGGUGACUUUCAGUGCAUAUAACACGGUUCAAGUUGUUUGA